AUGACAACAAUUCUUCCUAUGGAGAUACUUGUAAGCGUACUCGAGUCAUUAGAGCUUGACUUGGGUACACUCUUCGUUUGUUCAUUAGCAUGCAGGGGACUUUGCAAGGUUGCUGUCCCAAUACUAUACAGACAACCGUUCCAGCUCUGCCAAGAGUCGUCGUAUUUCAAGUUGGUAUCGGUAUAUUUGCCCUAUCUCCCUGAAUUCGACCGCCAAUCUCCGAAUAUCUAUGAACUUCCACUAUUUGACUAUCCGUCCUAUCUUCAAUCAGUAUCGGGUAGUAAACUCCAGAUUGCAAUUGAUGCUUACAAUAAAGAAUGCGAAGGAAUGCCAAAUCUACAGGAAGUCAAACCACUUCGUUUUUUACACAUGCUGCUGACAAACGCGAGACAAAUAUUGCAUCUCGGCCUUGAAGAAUGGGCUUGCAUGCAAAGAACAUCAGUAUUCAAUGAAUUAUAUGUAACCUCUCAAUCUCAGCGCCAUCUCAAAUCUUUGGAAAUAAGUGUGAACGGACGAUCAUUGUUAGAAUCUUUCUACACUCCAACGAGUCUGGAGGCUCGUAUUGCUGCUCUCAUCAGAGCUCAGAAAGAAUUGGAAGUGUUUGCAUUUGAUGGACAAUUAUUCAGACAUGAGAGUGAAAUAAUGGAUGCUUUGCUGACUCAGAAGAAUACAUUGAGGGAGUUGAGAAUUUAUUGCAAAUAUCAUGAAAGGUUUGAUUUCGUUUCAUGGCUCAAGGCUGUCCCUAUGCUUCGGGUAUUUAAACUUUUUGCGACAACACCAGUGAAUCGUGAACUUUUGAAAUAUUUGAAUCAGAGGCGAAAUGAAUUGGGAACGAAUUUUAGUUUCACAGUACGUGAGGCGGUAUCCUUCCCCGAUUUACUAGCCGCCAUGCGAUUCGAGAGUAAUUGUCAAUAG